GGAGCGAUUCGGCCUACUCUACGCCUGCGUCGCCGCCACGACGGCGGUGGGGUGCCUGGUCUACCUCAACGUGAACAACCGCGCCGCCGAGGUGUUUUUUUCUGGAUCAGCAGCUGGAGCGCGGUGAGCACACUCGUCGCCUGGGCCAGCGUGUGCUACAUCUACCGGUGCCUGCGGUACCAACGGAUCGACCGCAACACGCUGCCGUACAAGGCGCCGAUGCAGCCUUUUCUCGUGUACUUUGCCGUUGUCUUAUGCUUCGUCGCGUUUCUCAACGGCUUUGACGCGUUUUGCCUGGGAGGUUUCAGUGCCAAGACGAUUUUGCCGCCGUGCAUUGACAUUCCUGUUUUCCUGUCACUGCUCCGUGGGUACAAUUUUGUCAAGAAGAGCAAGUUUGUGAGCAUUUUUGAGACGGACAUUUGGUCGGAGAAAGGCGGUGAUUGA